ACCUGGUGGAUGACUAGCGACAAAUCCCGCAUUUUUGGCAAAUUCGAGAAUUUGCCGAUUUAUAGAUUCGAUUAUUGAUCGCGAAAAAGAUUUCAGAAGUUUGUUUUAAAGCUUUACCAGUCGUGGAAGAAAAUGUCAUCUGGUUAACUAUCGUUACUUCUAUCUCUUCCAUCGACGGUUCACCUACCAUUGUGAUUACAGGCUUGUUAUUCAAAUAUUCUUUUGCCAAGGCCUUCCCCAGCAAGUACAGUCCAAAUUGACUCAAGCAGUGUCUCAAUGGCAUCAGGAAAAAGGAAGGGGAGAGAGUCACCUAGCUGUAGUAACCAGGGUCACAAACAUCCCAAAGUUACGUCUGUGGAUAUGACAGUAAAAAAAGGCACACCAACAAAUGAAGAAUUGGAGAAAUUGGGAAACGAAAUUGGUGAACUUUGGAUAAAACUUGGGCGUCGUCUGGGGGUCAAGGAGCCCAAAUUACAGGAUAUAAACCAAAGAAAUGAGCAGCUGUGUGAGAGAGGAUACUACAUGUUAAUGGCCUGGAAACAAGAAAAUGGUUCAGUUGCAACCUACCAAAUUUUGAAUGCUGCAUUACAGCAUGAACUCGUACAGCGCAAAGACUUAGCGGAACAAAUUUGUUACAAUCACGAAAAACUUGAUGACCUGGGUAAGAAGAUCGACGGAGUGCCGGAUGCGGGGAGAGAGAAAGGAAGUAAGCUGGAAAGUGAGCUGCCUGAAGCACCAGCGUAUGUUCACGGUCAUACGAUGGAGGUCGAUAGCAUUGUAAAAAUUCUCACAGAUGAUAGCACCAAAGACGUGGCAGUAGUCUUAGUCAGCGGAAUCCCAGGGAUUGGGAAGUCUACUGUUUCCCUUCAAGCCGGCCAUAAGCUAAAAGAUGAUUUCGGUAGAAUCGUUAAAUUUUGCUCUUUAAGAGACCUGCAUCCCACCAAAAAUGGGCGUGACACCAAGGAUGAUGAAGGAGAAAGGGUGUUGAGGGAGAUUUUAAGCAAGUGUCAACCAGAUCCUCUACCGGCCAAAGAAUAUCCCAAAGAUGCUUUGCUCAUCUGGUGUAGGCAGCUUGAGGAAGACCUGGUUCUUGUGCUCGACAAUGCAGAAGAUGCCCUAGAGGACAGUUUUAAAGAUUCGUUUAUGGGAUUGUUAACCGAAAUGAGAACGUGUUCAAAGAAAAAAAUCAAAUUCAUAAUUACUUCAAGACGUACAGACAUUGAGAGCACCGGACCAAAUUUAACUGUUAAGAAAGUCACAGUAGAGCCUUUGAGUGAAGAGGAUAGCAUUCAAGUCUUAAAGGGAGUUGGACGUUUGCAAAUGGGCUCUGAUGUCUCAGGAGAGGAUUUGAUUAGGGUAGCAAAGCUGUGCGAGUACAUUCCGUUGGCGCUUGGUCUAGCAAGCUCACUUCUUUCUUCAGAUUCCGAGUACUCUGUCGACGAGUUAACAGUCGAUCUAGAAAAGCACCCUACGCGCACACUUGAGUGUGAAGCUAUAAUGGAAAUUGCCUUUGAGAAAUUAAGCGAACCUUUGCAGCAUUCAUUAAUUCGUCUGUCUGUUUUUGGCCGAUCUUUUGAAAAAAAGGCAGCAAAGGCACUACUUGGCGACCAUUGCGCCGAACACUUAAUGAAGUUAAAGAAAAGAUGCUUUAUUCAAAAACACGGCGAUCGAUACCUCCUUCACUUGCUUAUCAGAAGAUACGCUAGAUCGAUAGGAGCAGAGAAAUUUCCAGAUAUUUUGAAUCAUGGCCAACAAACAUUUAAUGAGCACUUUCUGGCUAUGAUUUCGGAAAACGCAGAGAUGUACAUGCGUAAAGAUAAAUGUAAAGCCUCGUUUGAUCUUUUUAAUGAAGAAAGGCUUAACUAUGAAACCCUGCUUAGAGAUGUCAGUGAUGAGAAGGUACAGAACUGUAAAGCUCUGCGAGAUGCUGUAAGUGGCUGCAGGAAAGUCGCACCUUACGUAGAAUUCUGCGUUCCGGUCAAAUUGUACGAAGAUUUUUUGAACGGGCUCUUACGUUAUGUUCGAAUGCAAAAUGAAGCGGUGCACGAAGUGGAAAUUUUGUGCCUCCUGAAUUAUGAAGGAAGGAAACGAUGUUGUGCCAAAAUGCGUGCAAAAGGCUCGAUGGACUUAGCUUCUAAGCUAUUCGAAGAAAAUCGGCCAGCUUUCAAAAAAAGCGUCCCGUCAGAGGUGACUUAUCGCCGCCAUUAUGGCAGAUAUCUAUCACAGGAUUGUGGCCAAAGAAAUGAAGCACAAGAUCAUUUCAAAAAAGCACUAAGUAUUUGCGAAUCGUAUGAAAAAGAAACUUCUGAGGUGAUCUCUGACAAGGCGGCAAUUCUUGCACAAUUGGGACAUAUUGCAAACUACCAAGGAAGGCUGAAUGAGGCUCGUAAAUGCUAUUCACAAGCUCUGAAGUUUCGUCAAGACCAUUAUGGAGAUCAUAUUUUAACUGCAUUCAUCCACAAGAUUGUGGCAGAUAAUUAUCUGUACCUUAAGGAUCUACCUUUGGCUAUGGAAAACUACAUGGAAGCAAUUGACAUCAUGAAAAGUUUGAAUAGAGAAGAGCACAAAGAGGCAAUACCCACGUACAAGAAUAUGGGAAUCUGCUUUGAGAGGAGUAAAAGGUUUGACGAAUCUCGGAAAACGUACGAGAAAGGAAGUGAGGUUGCUGACAACACUAUCGAAGGAAACCAUAAAUGGAAGGUUGAGAUUAAAACGCGCUUGGCGUUGCUUCUUCACUCAGAAUACCCAGACGACGUUGAUACGGCUGUUGGAAUUGCCAAGGAUGUUCUUGAAAUGGGACGGCAACUUGGACUGAAGGACAAGGACUGGCCAGAAAAGAAAGCAAUUGAAAAGAUUUCUCAAACACAGUAGACAUUUUGGAGAACUUCUGUUUUGAAGGACAAAAAUUUUAGUUUCGAUGCGUGAAAAGCGUUUAGAACUUUUUACAGAAGUAUUUAAUUUUGCCAACACCAAUUGCUUUGUAAAGGUUGACUGAAAAUUUUCACUACCUUGGUAUAGCUACACAUGUAACUGCUAUUAACUAUUUUCCUUUUUGAAUAUUGGAUGUCGACAUGAUUUCAGCGGUAGCUUGUGUAAAUAAUGCGGGAACUGUUUCAGAUAUUCUUGGUUCAAGGUAAUUCUUGUUCUAGUUUAUUUUUUAUCUAUAUCUGGAUACGAAUGUUCCCUCAACUGUGGGUGUAUUUUUUAGCUAAUCUCGCACACUGAAACUACCUCAACUCUUGGAGAUAAGUGUUAAAAACGUUCGUUGGUAUGCAUUUCCCUUCUCAGAUUUUAGUCAGCCUCAUUCCCACGGUCUCUACCCUUCUUCUGCUCUCUCUUGUUCUCAGGAGAGGUCAGAAGGGAAGUCCUGGCAACAAUUUUUGUUUGUGACAAUGGAGGCUCGGAUUCAGUUUUUUAUGGCAAGUUAUACCUUACUAUCAAACCAGAUGUGUAUGUGGUUUUAUAGCUUAUAGAUCAAAUAA